AUGAAUCGUGCAAACCCGGAUCAAGUACAACAAACAAAUGCUUCACCUUUACCUAUCAGGCUUUAUGAGCCUAAAGGCUUAUACGAUUUCUUAAGACAAACACUUUUGCGGAUGGUGUAUGCAAUCUCGCCAUCUAUUUCCCAGCGAUCAACAAAGUCGGUGGGGAUCUUUAUGAGUUUUGGAAAAUUUGUAUGGAUUGAGCACUCUACUACAAACUCCCUAUAUGAUCAAGGGUACUUUGGAAAAGGAACUCUUUCUAGAAGUCGACCGACAUGGCUCGAUAGAACCCUUGAGCGCACAACUGUCUCUCUCGAGGAUAUCACUAUGAAAAGAAGAGAACAACGACGCCAUAAAAAAUUGGCUAGCAAGACACCAGCGGCAGCACCUGAAGAAGGAAACGUAAUAAAUGAUAUGCUACCGUUGAGAGAUUUGAUUAUCUUUACAUCUGGUGGAAUGAAUGUAGAAAAAACUCAGUUGGACCUUUAUGAGGCAUUCUUUUUAAAGUUUGCUUUGAAUGCGCUUUCAAUAAAAAACGCGGAUCAGAAACCAAUGUCUGUGAGAGACUGUUGGGAAGCAUUUAAGAAGUGUAACAACUCGUUCAAUGUCAACUAUGCCGUAUAUCAUUAUUAUCGCAGCUUAGGAUGGAUACCGAAAAAUGGAACAAAAUUUGGUGUCGAUUUUGUUUUAUACCAGUUAGGUCCGGAAUAUCGUCAUGCAGAUUUUGCAGUUGUUAUCAUACCCGUUGGCAGUAGCAUCAACAGCAGAGACACAAACAAAGAAGAAGUAAAGAGUUGGAAAUGGUUAUUGAGAUUGAAUCGUAUUUGUACCCAAGUGAAAAAGACACUUAUAUUAUGCUAUGUCACUAUCCCUAACAACAAUACCGAUUUUUCGAACCUGAACAAUUACGGAAUCCGUGAAGUGAUCUAUAAGCGCUGGUCACCGCAAAAAAAUAGAGAAGCUUCAAAGUAG